AUGUCUCUUUUGAUGCUUGAUGUCAUUGCGCUUCUUCCGAAGAAGUGGCAGGACUGGAUACUACCACCAUCGAGCAUUCCAACCGUCCAAAACAAUCCAUGCAAGGUUCAACUGAGCCGCAUCUCGCAUGUCUACUUCGAGCACUAUGACUUGGAAGCGUUCGAACGGUUUGCCAAAGAUUUCGGUUUUGUGGAGGCAGAGCGCAAAGAGAAGACGGUCUAUUUCCGCGGAUAUGGUAGGGAUCCGUACAUCUACGUGGCUUCCCAAAGUUCUACUCGGGGAUCACGCUUCAUGGGCGCGGCCUUCGUCGCAAAAGAUGAAGAAAACUUCAACAAAGCCGCCAAAAUACCGGGCGCUACUUGCAAAACAUUAGAUGAUGCCCCCGGUGGCGGGGCGAUGAUCACAUUUGCGCGCUCCAACGGAACACAUUUCCAUAUUGUACACGGCCAGACUGAGCGUGAACUGAAAGAGAAUGAUAUGCCUACGGCAACACACGACUCUCAGGGUCCAUUCAACACACCUUUUGAAAAGCCUCGAAAAGGACAAUUCCAGAGAUACCACGAUGGACCCGCCCUGGUGCACAAGCUUGGGCAUUACGGAUACGUUUGCAAAGAGUUCGAAACGGAGUUGGAAUUCUACACUAGCAACUUCAAUUUCGUUCAUUCCGACAUCCUCAAUCUUCCUCAGUUCCCUCAGGUGGAUGUCAUGACAUUUAUGCACCUUGACUUAGGCGAGAAGUAUUCGGAUCAUCAUUCGUUUUUCCUGCAGCGUGCUUCGCCGAUGGUUCGCGAGACAUAUGUCCACCACACUUCGUUUGAGGUGGCUGAUUUUGAUACACAAUUGAUGGGGCAUCAUUAUCUUGCUAAGAAGGGGUGGAAAUGUGUUUGGGGUGUGGGGAGGCAUAUCCUAGGAAGCCAGAUCUUCGAUUACUGGUAUGAUAGUUCCAAGUUUAAAAUCGAACAUUACGCCGAUGGGGAUGUGGUGAAUCAGAAUAAUUUGACACGCAGAGAACCGGUUGGGCCUUUGUCUGUGUGGGGUCCUGACUUGCCUAGGGAUUUUGGAGACAAUAAAGCUAGCUAA